CUGAACUCGAGCCCGCCCAGUUAUACAAAGUAACAAUUAGCUCCGUUAGCCAGUUAAAAUCAGUAAAUGGUGAAAAAAAGAAGUUAGAGUUGGUACGGACGAAAAGCAGAAAAGUUGUGUUUGUUCCUACAAGCCUUGGAAAAGAUAAAUCUUAGAGUGAUGGAUUUCGACAGAACAGUUUUGGUGACUGGAGGAUCAGGAUUCAUUGGCUCCCACCUUGUGUGUGCACUGGUCGAAAGGCACCCCGACUGGAGAAUUAUUAACUUUGACAUUUUGGACUACUGCUGCAGCCCCAGGAGUCUGGAGAGCAUUGAAAACAGAGCCAACUACACUUUUAUCAAGGGGGAUCUGUGUAACGCCCAGCAGAUGAAGCACAUCUUCAACACAGAAAACAUUGAUGUCGUUUUUCACUUGGCCGCCCAAACGCACGUCGACACAUCCUUCCAAUGCCCGUCCUCCUUCCACCGAGUGAACAUCGUUGGAACCAGGGUCUUGCUGGCUGCCGCUCAUGCGGCCCGCCAUACGCUUCAGCGCUUCAUCCACGCCAGCACCGAUGAAGUAUACGGAUCAAGUCAGAAUGAGGUAUUUGAUGAGAGCAGCCCAAUGAGUCCUUCCAACCCUUAUUCUGCCUCAAAGGCAGCUGCAGAUUACCUGGUCCGAUCCUACUGGGACAAAUACAAGUUUCCUGUCAUCAUCACCAGGAGCAACAACAUCUAUGGACCACGGCAAUACUUUGAGAAGGUCAUUCCCAGGUUUGUCACCCUUUUGGUGAACGACAAGAAAUGCACCAUUGCGGGAACCGUCCCGAAGUCCCGCCAUUUCAUGUACGUCGACGAUGUGGUUAACGCCUUCCUGCUGCUAAUGGAGAAAGGCGUGAAGGGAGAAGUCUACAACGUAGGUGGAAGUUCUGAGAUUGGCAUACUGCAACUGGCCAAGGAGCUUAUUAGGAUGGUGAGGAACGUGCCAGAUGUGGAGGUGAACGACUGGUUUGAGUACGUGCCAGACAGACCCAGUGUGGACAUCCGCUACCCUAUCAGCUGUGAGAAGCUGCAGCGGUUAGGUUGGCGAGAAAACGUGUCGUGGUCUGAUGGCAUCAGAAAAACUGUCAAAUGGUACCAGGACAACCAGGACUUCUGGUCAGACGCAGCAGAGGACAAGGCUUACAAAUAGAGGACUCAUCUUUCCCCUCCAGCAGUCUUUCUCAAAGGGCGGCGGCGUGUGUAAUCUCUGGAAACAUUUUUAUUUCAUUUUUUUACGUACUUGGCUUCACUGUGACUAUGGGGAAAGAUUGGUGUGUUUUCUUUAAUGUUAAAAAUGACACAAUGUUAUGCAGAGAUGUACUUAUAAUCAUUUUAUAGACAAUACUAUUUUUAUCUAUUUAGGUGAAGAAUGAGGGAAGAUGUACCAGCUGGAAAAGCACUUUAUGUACAGUAGGCACAGUUUACACAUUACUGUACAAUCACCUGACCAAAGCGACAUACAGUGGGGCAAAAAAGUAUUUAGUCAGCCACCGAUUGUGCAAGUUCUCCCACUUAAAAUGAUGACAGAGGUCUGUAAUUUUCAUCAUAGGUACACUUCAACUGUGAGAGACAGAAUGUGAAAAAAACAUCCAGGAAUUCACAUUGCAGGAAUUUUAAAUAAUUUAUUUGUAAAUUAUGGUGGAAAAUAAGUAUUUGGUCAACCAUUCAAAGCUCUCACUGAUGGAAGGAGGUUUUGGCUCAAAAUCUCACGAUACAUGGCCCCAUUCAUUCUUUCCUUAACACGGAUCAAUCGUCCUGUCCCCUUAGCAGAAAAACAGCCCCAAAGCAUGAUGUUUCCACCCCCAUGCUUCACAGUAGGUGUGGUGUUCUUGGGAUGCAACUCAGUAUUCUUCUUCCUCCAAACACGACGAGUUGAGUUUAUACUAAAAAGUUCUAUUUUGGUUUCAUCUGACCACAUGACAUUCUCCCAAUCCUCUGCUGUAUCAUCCAUGUAUCCAUUUUGGUAUAAACACAACUCGUCGUGUUUGGAGGAAGAAGAAUACUGAGUUGCAUCCCAAGAACACCACACCUACUGUGAAGCAUGGGGGUGGAAACAUCAUGCUUUGGGGCUGUUUUGAUCCGUGAUAAGGAAAGAAUGAAUGGGGCCAUGUAUCGUGAGAAAUCUCCUUCCAUCAAUGAGAGCUUUGAAUGGUUGACGAAAUAUUUAUUUUCCACCAUAAUUUACAAAUAAAUUAUUUAAAAUUCCUACAAUGUGAAUUCCUGGAUUUUUUUUCCACAUUCUGUCUCUCACAGUUGAAGUGUACCUAUGAUGAAAAUUACAGACCUCUGUCAUCAUUUUAAGUGGGAGAACUUGCACAAUCGGUGGCUGACUAAAUACUUUUUUGCCCCACUGAACAUAACUGCACUUUAACUCCAGCUCAGGUACCAAACUUAACAGAUUAUACUGUAUUUUACUGCGAAUGAAGUAAGGUCCUUCAAUGUCUGAAUGUUUCUGUUGAAAUUAAAAAGGAUGCGGGAUAGUUUUGCAAAUCCAAA